AUGAAGGCCACUUUCUUCGCUCUUGCCACUCUGGCUGCUUCGGCUUUUGCCGCCCCUGCCAAGGUUGCCCGUGAUGACGGUAUCACCGAUGUCAUCCCUGAGGCUACUGAGAUUCUCGACGGUGCUGGUGUUAACCAGAUCCUCGAGGGUGUCAGCGCCGGACCUCUCAAGCGCGACAUCACCUCUGGUCUUGAUGUGAUUCAGCUGCUUGAGAGCCUUGUUGGCAGCGUCAAGGGCCAGACCGGUGCCAUCAACGGCACCCUGGCCAAGGUUCAGGACGGCUCCAUGAACAAGGACGAUGCCGAGGCCGACGUCACCAAGCAGCUCCAGGACAUGCACUUCAAGCUCACCGACAUCCUCACCAAGGUUCUCGGCUCUGCCGGCCUCAACGUUGCCAACGGCGACGUCGACAAGGUUCUUAACCUGGUUGUUGUCCUCGUCUCUGAGGUUCUCUUCACCGUCAAGUCUCUCGUCACUAUCCUCGGCCUCCGACCUCAGCUCGUCACCCUCCUGCACUCCGUCUUCAACAUCGUCGCCGGUCUGCUCAAGGUCCUGAUCGGUCUCCUUGCUGGCCUGCUGCCCGGUCUUGUUGCCGCCCUGUCUCCUCUCCUGGCUGGUCUCGGCAACGGCCUCUUGGUCCCUCUCCUGACUCCUAUUGUUGGUCUCCUGGCUGGCCUUAGCCUGCCUGGCCAGUAA